CUCAGCCACAGCUGCGGAUUCGGCCGAGAUGCUCUUGUUGCGGCGCAUGGGAGCGCGCUGUGGCGCUCGAGGAGGCUCAAUGAGCUCGGCAAUAUCGUCACAACAUACGUCUGCUUCAUCGGGAUCCUGUCUGUUGUCGCUUCACAACCAUAAUAUACAGCGUAAAACUUUCGCAACUUUGGACAAGCUGGACCUCCCACCACUACCGACUGCGGACGAGGUGGACGCGACCAUUGCAGCUGCGGAAGCGAAAGCCCAGAGUCGACAGAUGGCGAAAAGGAUCCAGCACAUGCCGAUUCGAGCUGUCCAUGCUGCACGUAAGAUGGACAUUGCCAGCCUCUUCCAGAAGCUCUACACAGACCGAUUCAAGGUCACCCACUACCUGCACAAAGACUCGAUCGUGUUGAGACUCAGUGGCAGUAAAAACAACGGCCACGCAGGACUCGUCACGGGUGUAGCACCUCCCACAAUACCGAGCUCUAGCAGCAAUAACAAUGGAGAUACAGUCCAAACACUGAGUGUCGGAAGCGGAGGCAAGACCGUCACCUCGCGACGAGCAACAGAUAAAUGGGUCGUGUAUUUUGACUACGGUGCGGUGGUGUUCUUUAACUGCGACCAAGCAUUAGUGAACACGCUGAUUAAACACGCUACCCGCUUCUGCACCGACGUCUUUGAGAUGCGUGGACACGAGGAGGAGAUGCUGUUAGUUGGCGACCCGGCUCAGCAGAAGUGGAGUACACUGGUGGAAAAUAACGUGCUGGUACGAGAGAUCGAUCAUAUCAACGUCCACGUGAUUGCUGGUGUGCUCUCGCAGACAGUGGCUCUAGAGUUCUAUGAGCGUCAGUGUGAGACCAUUUUGAGCGAGUUUGAGAAGCUCAACACUGACGUGGAGAAGAAAGGACCUCGCGGUGCAUUAUUUGGCCGCGAGAAUGAGCAAACAAAGCGUUUGUUCAAGAUCGUUGCGUCUAAUAACACACUACUCAUCGAUUUGGUGAGUAAGCUACGUGUGAUCGACCGUAAGAGACCAGGUGAUCCGGCCUGGAGUCAAACCCGAUACCACAACAUGUGGGAGUCGCUACUCGAAGAAUUCGAGCUCAACGAGCGCUUUCAAAACCUCAAUUUCAAGCUGGAAUUGAUCCAACACAACACCAAGUUCUUCUUGGAAGUAUUGGACUCCCACAAAGGCGAGCGACUCGAGUGGUACAUUAUCAUCCUCAUCUCCGUGGAGCUGGGUAUUGGUGUCUACGAGCUUCUCAUGAAGCUAGCAUAG